CCAUGUUUGAUUGGUGCCUAAGUGGGGAAGUGUGUGUACGAGCGGGAGCAAGUUGUUGUUUGUUUGUGUGUGUUUAAUGGAACCCAAGGAACUGAAAUUAGUAUGCAGCUUUGAGUUGAGCUUUAAUUCUAGGACUGAAUAUAGUAAAUCAUUUGGGCGAAGCCAUGUAUUUGAUUUAAAUUGUAAAUAACUGCCGCUGCAGCACCAGAGAUCGCGGCGUACAACACUUGCAUAUGAACUUGUGCGGAGAAGCCAGCAUUUUCUCAGUAAAUCUGCACUUGCAAUGUGUCAAGGUGAUGAAAUAGACAAUGUGGAAAAGGAAAAUAAAGACUUAAAACAUGAAGUUAACCAGGGGUGGACCUGGCAUCUUUUGAUUGCUUCAAUUUUUGGAGUUCUUGGUUCUUCCUUUUUAUAUGGGUAUAAUCUGUCUGUUGUCAAUGCACCAGCCAGCUAUAUUAAACAUUUUUACAAUGAAACAUGGAAUGACAGAUAUGGAACGAUCAUAGAUGCUGAUUCAUUAACUCUCCUUUGGUCAAUAACAGUUUCAGUCUUUGGCAUUGGUGGUCUUCUUGGUGCAUUAGCAGCGACUCCAAUGGUAAAAUGCUCAGGAAGGAAGGGAACUUUACUCUUGAACAACAUUUUUGCUAUUAUAUCUUCACUUUUUCUGGCGUUUGGAGAAACAGCCCGUUCUUUUGAAAUGCUUAUACUUGGUCGACUUAUUAUUGGAGUUGAUUCCGGUAUUGCACUCAGUGCAGUUUCCAUGUACUUGGGAGAGAUAUCACCGAAGCAUAUAAGAGGAUCUCUAGGCCAGUUCAAUUCCAUCUUUAUUUGUGUUGGUGUAUUUAUGGGCCAAGUUAUGGGUCUGCCAGAAAUCCUGGGACAAGAAACUAGAUGGAAUUAUAUGUUUCUGUUCAUCAUGGCACCUGCCCUGAUGCAGCUACUUGUUUUACCCUUUCUCCCUGAGAGUCCCCGGUACCUACUGCUUGAGAAAAGAGAUGCUGACAAAGCUGAAAAAGCUUUUCAGUUUUUUCUUGCUAAAAACGAUGUCUCAAGAGAAAUGGAAGAAGUUCUAUAUGAACAGACCAUUCAGCAAACAAGCAUUUUAUCUGUUUGUGAACUUCUAAGAAGUCAUGGUGCUCGAUGGCAAAUUGUUACUGUAAUGGUUACUAUGGGUUGCUAUCAACUAUCUGGCCUGAAUGCUAUAUGGUUUUAUACAAACAGCAUUUUUAAAGAAGCCGGAAUGAAUGAAAGUCAAAUCCCUUAUGUUACACUGAUCACGGGUGCCACUGAGAUUCUAGCAGCAAUUUUUUCAGGAAUCGUCAUAGAGCGUGUUGGAAGAAGACCUCUGCUUAUUGGAGGAUUUGGUGCCAUGACUGUCUUCUUUGGUUUUCUCACUGUGUUUUUGCAUUUUCAGAGUGCAGCUAGCUGGAUCCCUUAUCUUAGUAUUGUGUGCAUUUUGGCAGUAAUUGCUUCAUUCUGCAUUGGACCAGGUGGAAUUCCAUUUAUCCUCGUUGGAGAGUUGUUUCAGCAGUCUGAACGACCAGCAGCAUUUAUGAUUUCUGGUAUGGUAAACUGGAUCUCAAAUUUCACUGUUGGACUUAUUUUUCCUUUUAUUCAGGAAGCAUUUGGUGCCUUCUGCUUUUUAGUUUUUGCUGCUGCCUGCCUAGCAGGAGCCAUGUUUCUCUUUUUUGUCCUACCUGAGACCAAGAACAAGACUUUUGUUGAAAUCAGUCAAUCUUUUUCAAAAAUCAAUAAAGUGGGUGUUUGUGCAACACAAGAGGAACUGGAAUGGGUUGGUGUAACAAAUAUCAAAGAAGACGACACACAGAAAAUCACCACCAAAAAAGCUAGCAUUGUUAUAGAAAUGGAAAGCACUUUUUGACCAUUUUUAAUUGGUAAAAGUUUUACGUUUUUUACCUUUACAAUUAAGCUGUUGUGGACUAGUUUUAAGAUGAUUGUUCAUAAUUUAAACAUAUUUCUGAAAAACAUUCAUGAUGAAGAUAAUAUUUAAUUUUAUCAGUAUAUUUAUUGUUUUCCAUGAAUAUAUCAUCAUUUUAUGUAUUUUUGUUUUGUUCAAGGCAAUUUUGUAUAUCAUUUAUGGGAUAUAAAAACAAUUUAAAGUAAA